GAAGUUUGGUCUUUUCUCCUCUCAAAAUAGCUCCACCAUUCUGCUUUUCUGUAUGUUACUUUUUAGGUUGAUUGUGGGAUUUGUGGGGGUUUCUUUUUUUUUUUUGCAAUGGAAAGUUUCCAAAGUCUUCACCUAUUUGGGUUUCUUAAACUCUUCUGCAAUGAAAAUUUCUAGCUUUGCUUGAGCUGGUUGUGAAGCAUUCAUGGAGGCCAAGAAGGUAGUCAGGUUUUACAAUGAUGGGAAACAGAAUCUUGGAAAUUCCUGGGAUAAGAAUGAGAAACAGGUGCCUGGGUUUAAAUCUUCUGCAGGUUUGAUAAUAGCAGAGGAUAGGAGUGGUGGAGACAAGAUGAGUAGGGCAAAUGGGUUUCCUGGGAAAGGAAAGUUUAAGGUUUUCCCAGAGCAUUAUGGGUCAGGAAACAGCAAAAUUCUUGAUCCUGGGAGUGAGCUUGUCCUGCAGUGGAAUAGGGUGUUCUUGUUCUCUUGUUUGGUUGCGCUUUUCGUGGAUCCCUUGUUCUUCUACCUGCCUGCAGUGGUGAAUGAUGCCUCACCAUCAUCAUCCUGUAUGAUAACAGACUUGAAAUUGGGGAUUAUCUUGACCUGUUUCAGAACACUGGCAGAUGCCUUUUAUCUGCUACAUGUUGGUAUGAAGUUUAGGACUGCAUAUGUGUCUCCAAGCUCAAGGGUGUUUGGUAGAGGAGAACUUGUAAUGGAUCAAGAUUUGAUCGCGAGGCACUACUUGAAAUCGGAUUUUUUCAUCGAUGCCAUAGCCGCACUGCCUCUCCCACAGAUUGUCAUAUGGUUCAUCAUACCUGCAAUUAGAAGCUCCCAUUUUGAUCACACAAACAGUGCCCUCGUGCUGAUAGUCCUGCUGCAGUAUAUCCCCCGACUGUAUUUGAUUUUCCCGUUGAGCACUCAGAUUAUCAAAGCCACUGGCGUCGUCACAAAAACAGCUUGGGCCGGGGCUGCAUACAAUCUGCUACUAUACAUGUUAGCAAGCCAUGUCUUAGGAGCAUCUUGGUACUUACUGUCGAUUGAGAGGCAUGCAACGUGUUGGAAAUCGGCCUGCAAACACGAACAAAGUCCAAUUAGAUGCUCCCUUCAUUUUCUGGACUGCGGCACUAGCACUUCAAAUGUUGGCGAGAAACUGAGAUGGGUGAACAGCACCCGAGUAUUCACCAACUGCAACCCUAACAAUCCCAACUUUUUCAAUUAUGGAAUUUACGGGAAUGCAGUUACUAAUAACGUCGUCUCCUCUAAGUUCCUCGAGAAGUACUUCUACUGCUUAUGGUGGGGUUUGCAGAACUUGAGCUCUUAUGGACAGACACUAACCACGAGCACUUUCAUUGGCGAAACUUCAUUUGCCAUACUAAUCGCGAUUUUGGGGCUCGUUCUAUUUGCUCAUUUAAUCGGAAACAUGCAGACAUACUUGCAAUCCAUCACUGUGAGGCUCGAGGAAUGGAGGCUGAAACGACGAGACACUGAGGAGUGGAUGAAGCAUCGCCAGCUUCCCCACGGUCUUCAGGAACGUGUCAUGCGUUUUGUGCAGUACAAGUGGUUCACUACACGCGGGGUGGAUGAGGAAUCCAUUCUCCGUGCUCUGCCUUCAGAUCUUCGUCGUGAUAUCCAAAGACAUCUGUGUUUGGACCUUGUUCGUCGUGUCCCCUUCUUCUCCCAAAUGGACGAUCAGCUACUCGACGCCAUAUGUGAGCGUCUGGUAUCGUCUUUGAGCACACCGGGAACCUACAUUGUUCGAGAGGGAGAUCCGGUGACGGAGAUGCUCUUCAUCAUCCGAGGGACGCUGGAAAGCUCGACCACAAACGGGGGCAGGACGGGGUUCUUCAACUCCAUAACCCUGAGGCCAGGAGACUUCUGCGGCGAGGAGCUCCUGGCCUGGGCCCUACUCCCAAAAUCUACUCUCAACUUACCCUCCUCCACUCGCACAGUAAAAGUGCAGGGCGAGGUGGAGGCCUUCGCCCUGCAAGCCGAGGACCUAAAGUUCGUGGCCAACCAGUUCAGGCGCCUGCACAGCAAGAAACUGCAGCACACUUUCCGGUACUACUCCCACCAUUGGAGGACCUGGGCCACCUGCUUCAUCCAGGCGGCCUGGCGGCGGUUCCAGAAGAGGAAAACAGCGAAGGAUCUCAGCCGGAGGGAGUCGUUUUCGCACCUCGCCAAGGAGGAGAAGCCCGCAGACGAUAAUGGGAGCGAUCAAGAGGAAGGACAGUCCAAAAGCAGAUCAAACCAGGCAAAACAGAAUCUCGGUGUGACAAUUUUGGCUUCCAGAUUUGCUGCAAAUACCAGAAGAGGAGUUCAGAAGAUGAAGGAUAUGGACAUGCGGCCUAAGCUGCUGCAGAAGCCUGAUGAGCCUGACUUCUCAACCGAGCCAGAAGACGACUAGAAGAAUUGAAGCUCGAUCAAGGACUGAAUAUGGAUGUUGAUAAGCUGUGGAUAUAGGAAUUUGGUGAAAAUUAAAGCUUUGUUGUUAUAUAGAGUGUAAUAUUUUUGUGUGAAUAUUGAUGGUUCAUACAGGGAUGGAUAAACACUUGGGGGUGUUUUGCAACUAAAUAGCGGAUUAUGUUAGCUAUUUUAACCCGUUGAUAUUUUAUAGUAUUUGGUAAAUUAACUCUUAGCUGAUUAUAUGUAAAAUGAUUUAUAAGAAGA